GGGUGGGAGUCGUAAACCCCGUAGCUGUUAAUCCCGCUGUCCUCAAUCUCUCUGGCUGUCUGCACCGGACGAGGCGACGGGUCACGCGGCUCCAUCGCACCUGCUGCACCUCGAAAUACGACGUUUUUUCUUCUUCUUUACUAAACGUGAAGGAACGUUGACGUGAUCUUGUUGUGGAGGGAUUUUAAAUAUUAGCUGCGAUGAGCGCUGCAGGAAACUCGGACACCGACUCCAACAAACUGGAGUCUGUGAUACAGAGGCUGGAGGAGAGCGUUUUGUCGGAGGAGAAGAGGCUGACCGUCCGGGGCCCUUCGCCUGACGCCCCCCCCACGUGUCUACCAGCACGGGUGCGAGAGAUUGUCACCAAGAACCUCAACGAAACAUCCGGGGCCAUGUCCUCGGUCGUGUCCCUCCAGGAGGAGAACCGGGUGCUGCAGGGAGAGCUGGCGAGGCUGGAGGACCUGCUGGCGCACAGCCGAGCCGACCGAGACGAGCUCGCCAUCAAGUACGGAGCGAUUAGUGAGAGGCUAGAGCAGGCGCUCCGCUUCGAGACGGGAGACGGGGAUCACGACUCCCCGGAGUCACUCAGCCUGGUGCAGCAGAACGUGGACCUGCGGCGGCGGCUGGAAGAGGAGCAGGCGAGCUACAAGCGGAAACUUACCGCAUACCAGGAGGGUCAGCAGAGGCAGGCGCAGCUGGUGCAGAAGCUGCAGGCCAAGGUGCUUCAGUACAAGAAGAGGUGUGGGGAUUUGGAGCAGAUGGUGCAGGAGCGGUCCUCUGAGUUGGAGAAGCACAGGCUGAAUGGCCCUCGUGAAUCAUCAAACGUUCCCCAUCAAGACGAAUCAAGCAGCAACCUGGAGGACGCCUUAAUCCGACUGGAGGAAGAACAGCAGAGGAGCAGCAGUUUGUCGGCGGUGAAUGCCAUGCUGAGGGAGCAGCUGGAGCAGGCCGGCUUGGCCAACGAGGCUCUCAGCCAGGACAUCCGCAGGCUCACCGCUGACUGGACGAAGGCCAGGGAGGACCUGGAACAAAAAGAGUCCGACUGGAGGAGAGAGGAGGAGUCUUUCCACAGUUACUUCAGCACUGAGCACAGCCGACUGCUGAUGCUGUGGCGGCAGGUCGUCGGGUUCCGGAGGCACGUCUGCGAACUGAAGAGCGCCACCGAAAGGGACCUGUCGGAUAUGCGCAACGAGCUGGCUCGGGCGUCCCACUCUGCUCAGGUGUCCUGUGCGGGUCUGUCGGCCGCGCUGCAGGGCCGGGAGGGAGGAGCGGCGCUGAUCCUGGAGCGGGAGAGAGCGGCGCGGGUCCAGCUGGAGACGCAGCUGAGGCAACGAGGGUCAGAGGCGUCGGCUCUCCAGACCAGGGCCGACUCCGAGAGGAGCGAGCUCAACCUCAGGUUGACGGAGUCGGCUCAAGAGGCGGAGAGGCUGAAGGACCAAGUUGAGGAGCGAGACAGAGAAAUGGUCGCACUGGUGAGAAGGCUUGAGGAGCAGAGUGGCAACAAUGAGAGCGACAUGCAGGCGAUGAGAUCUCACACCGAGACACUGUUGGACACCAUGCGGGACAUUGCUCAGACGGUUUUGUCUGACACCGAGUCGUCAUCGGAGGCCGACCAGGACAACUCCGGGGCUCCGCUGCUGGCGUUGAUCCGGGGUUUCUCGCCCCAUCGCACCUCCUCUCCUCGCAGGUCCUCCUCCCCCUCCCGGCCCACCUCGCUGGCUCCUCCUUCUGAGGCGGCGUUGUCAGCUCUGUGCUCUGCCGUCACUAACAAGACGCUCCAUCUGCAGGAUGCGCGAGGGCGUCUGCUCUCCGCUCAGUCUGCGGCUCAACAGUUACGCAAGCAGCUUUCAGAGAGCGAUUCGGCUAAAAGAGAUUCAGAACAACGGAACCAACAUGUGCAGAGAGAGAGGGAUGCUGCUCAGAGAGAGAGGGAGAUCGCACAGAGGGAAAGGGACCGCCUGAAGCAGGAGAGAGACACUCUGGCCAGCGAGAAGGUGAGCUUGGAGAAGAACCUGCAGGCAGCUCAGAGCAGCAACCAGAUCCUGCAGAUGGACUGCGAGAAGCUCCGGCUGAUUGUGGCGUCCACUCAGCGAGAGCGAGGUCACGACAGGGAGGAAAAGGAGGCCGCCAAUCAGGAGAGAGAGCGAGCCAAGGCCGAGACUCAGAGGGUACAAAAGCAGUGGGAUCAGAGCGAGAGUCGAGCCUCUGCUCAGCGAGCAGAGUUGUCGGCGGUGAAGGAGAAUUACCAGCAGCUAGAGAUUGAGCGACAGCUGCUGGAGCGAGAGAAAGCCCAACUGGCUGAGGCACUUGCUCGGGCGGAGGGCAGCAACGCAGAGCUCUCUCUGCUGCUCCACAAGCUGCAGUCUGAGGAAGCAGCUCUCAGGGACACUCUGGCCAAGAUGGGAAGCAUGAACGAAGGACUGGCCCAGGACAAAACGGAACUUAACAAUUAUAUUCUUCAGCUGGAGGAAGAGAAGGCCAAACUGCAGGCUGAGAGGCGGGAGGCGGAGCAGGAGAAGUUGACCAUCAGAGAUGAGCUGGUACGGUUGGAGCAGGACCGGCUGGAGCUGGACUCGGGUCACACCACGCUGCACCAGUCGCUGCAGGAGGCCGAGCUGAGCCGGGCGGGGACGGAGGCAGAGCUCCAGGGUCUCAGGGCUGAGACAUUAAGGCUGCAGGAGAAAGUCACUCAGCUUUGUGCCGAGGUGACCUCUCUGGAAUCGGAGCUGAGUCUCGCCAGAGGAGAGAGCCAGCGGAACCAGGUGGCUUUAGAGGAAACCGGCCGCGGUCGGGCAGAACUGGUGCGAGACAAAGCGGCGCUGGUGGUCCAGCUGACGGCGUCCGAGAGAGAGAACACAGUUCUGUCAGAGGAACUAACUGCUUUCAGGUCCGAGCGGGAGCAGCUGGAAACCAGUCUGUUUGAGGCGCAGCAGCAGCUGGUUCAGGUGGAGUCUCGUAGGGAGCAGCUGGAGACGGAGAACCAAGACCUUCGAGUCCGCUGUGAGACUGCAGCAGCUGACGUGAGGCGUGUGCGCUCGGAGGGGGAGAAUAUGGUGACGCAGGCUGAGAGAGAGAAAAAGCUUCUGACUCAGACCCUCAAUGCUGCUCAACUGGAGGCUCAGCAGGCUUUACGCAAAGCCACCUCCGACCAUCAAGAGGAAGUGGAGAGGCUGGUCUCAGAAAAGGAAGUCGUGCGGCACAGCCUGCUGAUGGAGCACGAGGGCACCCUGAGGAGGCUCCACCUGGAGGCGGAGGAUCAGCUCCGCAGGGCGGAGAGAGAAAAAGAGGAGCUGCUGGAUGAACUGAGGAGUCUCCAGCACGACAGAGAUCAGAGUUUGCUGCAGGCUGAGACGGAGAAACAACAGGCACUUUCUCUGAAGGAGGCGGAGAAAACAGUUCUGUCUGACAGGGCGUCCGCGCUGCAGGCCGAGCUGUCAGCCGCAGCCCUGGAGGCCGAGCGGCUGUCAAGGGAGGCAGCUCAUCACAAAGAGCAGGAGCAGAUCAGAAUUGGGGCUCUGACUAGCGAGCUGCUGGAGCUUCGGUCUCAGCUGGAGGACGCGGCUUCUGUUCACGGAAGGGAACUCCACAGUCUACGAGAGACCUGUACUGAUCUCCAGUCACGUGCUGAUGUUGCUCUCAAAGAGCUGGACCAGUGCAGAGCUUCCCACUUAGCGAACGAGGACAGUCGAGACCAGCUGAGGCGGGAAUUGUUGGACUGCGAGCGGCGUCUCAACCAAAGUCAGGACGCGGCCGAAAGCAGCAGACGGGAGGGGGCGGAGCUGCGACGCAACCUCGCCGACGUCUCCAAGGAGAGGGACACUCUCGGGCAGUCAAACACGCAGCUGAGGGUAGCGCUGCGCAGCGCAGAAACGGAGAGAAUCAGUGUGAAAAGGCAGUGCGAGGAGAAGGAGCAGAGGCUCGCCGUGCUGGAGGAGAAUCUGUCUUCUAAUCUGAAGGAGGUGACGGACCUGCGGAGCUGCCUGAGAGAAGUUGAAAGGUCACGGCUCGAAGCUCGGCGAGAACUCCAGGAGCUCCGCAGACAGCUGAAGGUUCUUGAUGGGGAGAAGGAGCAGAUGGGGAGGGAGGCGGCAGAGCUGCGGAGACGCUUAUCACUGGAGGAGCACAGAGAGGAGGAGAGGGGGAAAGAGCUUUUCGCCCUCAAACAGAAGUUAACUGAGGCUGAAACAGUGCGAGACUCCCUCAAGAAAGAAAUUUCGGUGACUCAAAAGCGGCUCCUGGACUCGGAGUCGGGGUGGCGCGGCUGCGAGAGGGAACUGAGCGCUCAGCUGCAGGAGGCGCGGGGCUGCGAGAAGAAGCUGCAGGACGAGGCCAAGAAUUUGUCCCUGCGCGCUGAGGCGGCUCAGGACGCUGCCGCUGCGUCCAGCCUGCAGCUGAGCGAGGCCCAGGGCAGACUGGCCGCCACAGAGGCGGAGCUGACCCGGGCCGAGGCCGGCAGGAGGGACCUGGAGUACCGCCUGAGCAGCGUCCAGUCUGCGCUGACGCGAACACUGGGCAUCGGAGCGGGCGGCAGGGGAGGCAGGGGGAGGAGCCCGGGGGGGGGCUCCACAUCGCCGGGACCGAUGUCACGCCACCACAGCAUCUCCCCCCUGCGCUCCUCGCUGUCGCCUCCUAAAGAAUUUCGAGUAAUUACUCCUGACAAUACUUUAGGCUCCGUGUCCCCUGAGAGGGGGAACACACCGCUGCCUCAGUCUGAGCUGGACCCCGACUCACUGAGAAGUGAUCUGAGAGACUUCCUCCUGGAGCUGCGGGAGGCGCAGAGAGAGAGGGAUGACGCUCGAUGCCGGCUGGGGGGCCUGCGGCGGGAGCUGGAGGAGCUGUCGGGGGAACGGGACUCUGAUCGGAUUCGUCUCACUCACCUGGAGAACAUGUUACAGGAAGUCCAAGAAGGGAAGCGCGGAGUGGACGAGCGUCUGACCACCACCCAGGUUUUGCUCCAGCAGCAGGAGGAGGUGGUGAGGAGAGGAGACAGGGAGAGGAGAGCCCUCGGUGACAGGGUGAAUGAUUUAGAGCGAGCGCUGCAGACCUCCCAAGCGGAUAAAAAGCAUACGCAGGAUCAGUUAAAUAAACAGCGCGCCGCUGAGGUGCGUCUGGAGGCGGAGAAGAAGCGCCUGCGGGAAGCGCUGGAGGCAUGUGAAGCCCGGGCCACCAGGGUGGAGCUGGGGAGGCGCAGCCUGGAGGGGGAGCUGCAGAGAUUCAGACUGAGUUUUGGAGACCGGGAGGCCGACAGUUUGGCCUCUCGGGAGCGCCACGACUCUCUGCUGAAACAGGUGGCAGAGGCAGAAGCUCGUGUGUCUCUGCUGCAGAGCGACGUGGAGCGGCUCAGCCAAGCUCUGCUCAAAGCUCAGGAAGGUGAGUCUGUCCUCAAAGAGAAGACCUCUUCCCUCAAAAAGAGCCUGCAGGAGGCCGAAGCUUCUCACAGCAGCACACAGAGUUGUCUGACCUCUCUGCAGAAGAUGCUGAGUGUGGCCGAACAGGACAAAAGGCUUCUACGGGAACGCGUGGAUGAAGCCCAGGGAUCACUAGUGGAGGGGAAGAGGAACAUGGUCAUCCUCACUGAGCGGGUGCAAAGCUUGCAGAGUGAGCUGGACCAGAGCGAACUGAAACGACAGGAAGUGGAAGCUGAGCUCAACAACACUAAAGAGGCUCUGCGUCAGCGCGCAGCCAGCGCCGCAGAGGCCCAGCGCAGCGCCCAGUCAGCCCAGAAGGAGCGAGCCGCGUUUGAGGAGCGGCUGCGCGGGCUGCAGCGAGCGGUCGCCAUGCUCGAGACCGAGAAAAAAGACGCCGAGAGGCAGGCCGUGAGGCUGGAGAAAGACAAAGACGCACUGAGGAAUACGCUGGAUAAGGUUGAACGUCAGAAGUUAAAGACCGAGGAGGGCAGCAUGCGGCUGUCUGCAGAGAAAAGUCGCUUGGAUCGCUCUCUGAGCACCACGGAGCAGGAGGUGCAGGAGGCGCAGCAGCAGAUACUGAUACUGCAGACUCAGCUGGCCGACACGGAGCAGUCUCACGGCCUGUGUGAGAGUUUGGUGAAGCAGCGCGACGACGCCCAGCGGGAGGCGGAGAGACUGAAGGCCGGCCUGAGGGACGUGGAGCGAACGCUGGGGACCAGAGAGCGAGCUCACCGACACAGAGUCAAAGGCCUGGAGGAGCAGGUGUCCACCCUGAAGGAGCAUCUGCAACAGGAAAUGAAAAGGCGGCAACCAUCUCUCCCGUCCUCCUCACUGUCAGCAGCACAUCAAUCCUGAUCUAGUGAAAACCCCUAGUCAUGAGAAUCUGAAAGCGAUACGUCCUCACAAAACAUUCCUUUAUAGUCCAACUAUAUGAUUCCUGAUAGUCCAACUCAAGUGUUUUAUUUUUUCACACCACUAAACUGUCAUUCUCAUGACACGCUGAAGUAACGGAGCGACGGAAUUCAGCAGCUGUGCAAGAAACGCCGGCUGAUUACUGGCAACCAUCUGCACUCGAUCCGGGCUCAACAUCUUCCACGACUUCCUGCCGUAUUCAACCCUGAAAACCCGAAUCACUGCAAGGACACAAGGAUGAGAUAUUCCCAGUUGUUCUACAUUGGUGUUAAUGGUUGAGGACACUAAGAGAAGGGAAGGCCGGACUUUACUGUGCGCGAGUCCCAGGAAUCAGACGGAUGGAACAUAGUGUUGUAUUUUCUCUCAGAAGUACUCACAGAUUGAGCUAAUUAUGUGUUGUAUAGACAGCUUUAUAACUGAAAACGUUAGAAUGGUAUUGCUUGAUAUUAGUUGUACUAGGUCUAUAUCUUUUUUAGGACAGACAGACUGAUGGUUAAUAACAAUAAAAUGACUUGAAUGGACAAA